AUGCAAUCUACUCCGCCUUCGCUCCGGGGGCAUCCACCCAUCAAGUCCUCGCCCCCAGUUUUCACCAUGGAGCUGCAAUCCCGAGAGUGUUCAGCGCUAUCUAGUUCCGGCGACGCGCCAAAUUUCUGUUUAAUCAAACUCGCUGCCCCGGGCCUGGACAUGGACUUUCCCUCGCUCGUCCCCCGUGCUUAG